GCAACGGCGCGGACAGUCGAACAGGGUAAUAAUGCACCUCCGCUAUGAGACCACUUAACAAACCCAUCAUUUUAAAAAGCCGAGGCGACAGGCAUGCGCAGACGGUGAUUACGGGAGCGUCUGGGGCGCACCAGCCCGGUGUGAGCGGGCGUCCUCCGCGCGCCCUGCAGCGGCGUGUGCGCGGGUUCGCGGCUCGAGACAAGCGGCGCACGACAGCGGGCGGGCGCGAGCGCACCUUGUGUCUCCCAUAUCCGCUUGCUUCACGCAGGAGCCAUGGAUAAUUCCAACGCAGCGAAAAGCAAGCAGAAAGCGUCGAAGCGCAAGGAGAAGAGGCAGAAAGCCGGCAAGCCCGGCCGGGGGAAGCCGCUGCGCUCCUCCGUCGGGGGGUUCAUCGACAGGUUCUGGAGAAGUUUGGCUCGCCUGGGGGACGCGGAGCGGCCAGCUGCGGAGGACGACGAGGGGGGGUUCCGAGAGCCCGCCAACUCGGCGAACUUUAAGGAGGACAUGAUGGCAGUCGGUGGGGAGCAGGAGCUCAGCCUCAGGAGCAGCGCGACGAUGAGCGCGCAGCCAGGAGGAGGCUCUGUCCGGAGGAGGCUGUCCUGGGGUCAAGGAGACCAGACACCGGGGGUGCUGGGGCUGAAGAACCACGGCAACACGUGCUUCAUGAACGCCGUGGUUCAGUGCCUCAGCAACACGGACCUGCUGGCCGAGUACCUGGGCUUGGAGCGCUACAAAGCGCGCCUCCGACCGCAACAGCAGCAGCAGCAGGGCGUCAACGGGCUCGUGAAGAGCGAGGACUCGCAGUGUGUGAGGGGCGAGGUGACCGAGCAGCUGGCGGCUCUCAUACGAGCGCUCUGGACGCUGGAAUACACACCGCAGCUGUCCGUGGACUUCAAGGCCACUGUAUCGAAGUAUAGCUCUCAGUUCCGGGGAAACUCGCAACAUGAUGCCCUGGAGUUCCUUCUCUGGCUCCUUGACCGCCUGCAUGAGGAUGUCAGCUGCUCCCCUUGUGCUAAUAGUACUGGAACCAAGGGGCCUGGAAAGGGUCCUGCUGGAGCGGAGGAGACCCCAGCAGUGGGGUUGGCAACCUUGCAGAGGCAGGAUGAGCUGCCCAGCUUCGUUCAAGAGCAUUUCCAGGCUCAGUACAAGUCUUGUCUGACGUGCCCUCACUGCCAUAAACAGAGUAAUACCUUUGAUCCUUUUCUGUGCAUCUCUCUGCCCAUCCCACUCCGACAGACAAGGCCUUUGUACAUCACUCUGGUGUUCAGCACCAAGACGCAGCGGUUCCUGCGCGUCGGGCUGGCAGUCCCCCUCUCCGCUCCGCUGGCAUGCCUCCGCAGGAUGGUAGCCGAUGAGGGAAAGCUGUCCCCAGAACAGGUGAUCCUGACGGAGGUCUACACCACAGGUUUCCAGCGCUCAUUUUCAGAUGAUGAGGACCUUGCCAGCAUAGCGGAGACUGACAACAUUUAUGCCUUCCAGGCCCCACCGCUGUACUGGAAAGGGUACUCCACACGGUACUCGGGGUACCAUCACAGCCUGCCCUCAUCGCCAUACUCCACCGGUGCUGGGGGGCCAAGGUUACCACCCUCUGGCACCCUGUCAUCGGAGUUCCUGAACCAUGGCUUCUCAGUGAAGAUAAUUCUACUGAUCUGUAAUGCAGCAGGGAUGGGGCAGCAAGCUGUGAGGUUUGGACCCCCUUUUGUCAUGCGUGAAGACAGAGCAAUCUCCUGGGAACAGCUGCAGCAGAGUGUCCUCAGCAGACUGUCCUACUUGAUGAUCCAUGGUGCCCAGCCACAGGCUACGGGACCACUGUUUCGGGUCCGUGUUGUGGGAGUCUCCGUCUGCUACAGUUACCUGUCUCCCUUGGACAGACGGCCCCUCUUCCACCCAGCAGUCGAAAGGGCUCUUCGGUUUUGUGGGCCAGGGGGCCCCCCUCAUGUGAAACUCAUUAUCGAAUGGGAGCACAAAAUGAAGGCCUGCCUGUUUGGAAACAUCCAGGAGGAGGUGGUGCAGGACUCUGAAAGUGUGAGGUCCCAGCAGCAGCAGCAUCUGGAGCAGCAGAGCUGUACGCUGGACCACUGUUUCCAGCUGUACACCAAGGAGGAACAGCUGGCCCCCGACGAUGCCUGGCUGUGUCCGCAUUGCCAACAGCUGCAGCAGGGUACCGUGCAGAUGGGUCUGUGGACUUUACCUGACAUCCUCAUCCUGCACCUGAAGCGCUUCCGGCAAGUGGGUGAGCGCCGCCACAAGCUCUCCACACUGGUGCGCUUCCCGCUGUCAGGCCUGGACACCACACCCCACGUGGUACAGCGGACCGCCCGGGGCAGCCACCCCCCACUGCCUUCAGACUUCCUGUAUGACCUCUAUGCCGUCUGUAACCACCACGGGGGCAUGCAUGGUGGGCACUACACAGCAUUCUGCAGGAACUCAGUGGAUGGCCAGUGGUACAGCUACGAUGAUAGUGCUGUGGACCAGGUGCCAGAGGAGGAGGUCUGUACCCGUGGUGCCUACAUCCUCUUCUACCACCGACGCAAUGCCAUCCCUUCUUGGUCAGCCAGCAGCUCCGUUAGAGGAUCCACCAGUUCAUCCAGUUCUGACCACUGGCUGACCCGCCUGGCAGGGAGCAGUAAUAGGGGCAGUCUGGUAAGCAGGGUGUCCAGUGCCUGUCCAUCUGCCCCAACCAGUUCGCCAGAGUCCUCCCUCUUCCAGAAGGAUCCCCUCCAGGGGAGGAGUGAAGGGACUGAGUCCGAGCCAUUUGUAAGGGGGGGUCAAGGACGAAGUGCAAGCGUCAGGACUCCCACUCGUACUAGAGAUGGCUUGAGCAAGGUGAUGCCACUGCGCUGGUCCCUUGGAUCCAGAGAUCACCGCAGGCCACUGACGGGGCAACUGGUGGAAUACCUGGAGUCAGGCCGGCGGCCACGAUGCACCGGGGAACCCAUUGUCCCCACUGGCUCCGUGGAGGGGCAUGGGAACAUCCCAAGUUGUGUCCCUAGACUCAGCAAUGGGGGCCUGUCUGACUCCCCUUGGGGCCCAGAGGGUCAAUUCAUAGGGCAGACAGACAGCAGUCAAAGAGAUGGGAGAAUACAGGUCAGGGUGAUGUCCCAAAAGGCUGAACAGGACCAAAGCAAAACCCAGGCCCACGCAUCCAGUACUGUAGCUUACUCCUCCUCAGUGUGGGACUCCCCGGGGAGUAGUGCCAAUAGCCAGCUGGAGUCAGAGUCCAGAGUAACUGGGGAGCAGGGCCAGGAGCUGGGCAAGAGGGGUAGGAAGGGGGAUUCAGGAAAGAACCCUGAUGGCCUUUUGUCAUUCCUCAGACCCAGCUUCCUGAAGAGGGAGGCCCAAAGGAAGACCCUGGGCGGCGGGGCUUGUGGGGAAGAAAGUACAGGGAGGGGGACUGCAGCAGUCCAUACAACUUUAUCUAGACCCUCCCUCUCCAGCAAGCUAACCAAUGGGGCAGGGAAUGGCAAGGCAAAUGGCACACCUAUUGGCUGCAAGGAGUUGUGCGGGGGCCUGGAAAAUCAGUGCUCCUCCAGUUCCUCCACUGUCAAGGCAUGGUCAGACCCAGAGGCCAUAAGGAUGAACACCUCCCCACAGAAAAGCUGCCUGGUCCCACCUCCCCCCACCCUCACUUCGGACAGCUCCUCCUUCGCCGCUCUGCACCAAGCUGAAUGCAGCGCACUCUUGCUGCUGAGCCAAAAAAGGCAAGUUCCCGAAUCCACCUUUUAAUAAAUGAGCCAGUGUGUGUUGAACUAACACACCCUCCACACCCUUUCUAGUCCUCCGGAGGGGGACUGUGACCGUGGAGAGCCCGCAGGAGGCACGGAGAUCUGUGUGUUUCCCAAUAGGGAGAGGAAGUCAGAGCUUGGAUGAGGAAGGUCGAAGAGACAUUGCAGACAAAUUUUUACGCUUUGGAGUGGACAAGCAGCGAGGUGGUAUGUCCAAGACAAACGGACGUUUUCACGAUUUUUAGCAAUAUAUUCGACAUCAAGUGCCUCUAACACGUGACUGAAAGAAACUGAAUUAGAAAAGUUAAUACUUAAUCACAGGUGCACAUUGGUGAAUAGCGAUCAUUUACUACUUAAUACCAUUGUUUUCGCUUAAACGGAAUCACAGCUUGUUUACACAGAAUGUUCAGUUUUUAGAGAGUUCUAUGCAGAUGCAACCUAAGCAGUACAGUGAUUUCUAUGCCAUUGAUUUUGUUGUGUGCUGUACGACAAGUAAAUUGUGUUAAGUAUUUUUUGUACAUAAAUGCUUAACGAAGUGUCUAAAUAGAAAAGAAACUGCUGACUGAACUGACUGUGCUUACACUGGAUGUACAUAUAUUUGUAUUUUUAUUUUUGUAUAUUGUGAAUAGUGUGGUUCUUUGCAUUUUUUUGAAGCACUAAAGGCACCGGAUGUAUGUACUUUCUGCACUGGCUAACAGAACAAACACCCUAGAACUGCAGUUAGAUCACGUUCUGUCACUCUCAAAUGCAAGCUAGAUCAUCAAGGAGAAUAAAGUGAUGAAAAAAUGUUUUGGCUAAUGAUCUGUCAGACAUGUUAAUAUGUAUGCAUUUUUAAAAAGAGAUUUACUUGCAAACAAUAAGCUAAUGGAGAAAAAUCCUGCUCAUCAAUAAAUAAAAAAGUGAAUUGUAAGGGAUAAAUCACAUGGGGAGACAGACAAAUGUAAGGAACAGAAAACACUGUUUUAUAAAUGGAACAAAUGAAAAUGAAAUGAAGCAACAUGACAAGAUGAUGUGGUUGACUGGGACCUUGUUGACGUGGAGUGCUUUUAAGUUAUGAUGCUUUUGGUCUUGGGCAAGAAAUUUUUCUGCCGGUGGACAGUAGCACAUAGUGAAAGCAUAAACAUCAAAUUUGUCCUAUUCAUCUCAGAACCACUCAUG